AUGAUUAUCGACGUUUACGGAGCAGUGGUCGGGUCGACCGGGAACAUCGGAUUUUCAAUGUUGAGCACAUCGUGUCACACAAUGGGCCUCACUGAAGUUGCUGACCAUAUUUUCGGACGAAGGUUUGAUACGUCCAAGUGGCCUUAUUUGCGCAUUAUAAUCGCAGUUGCUACUCACGAGGCUCUUGGACUCGGUAUUUUGGUUGGUUUUUGGGUUGGAUGUUAUAAGUUCCAACCGCUGCGUCAAAUCAUAUACCGCGCCCCCGACCCCAUUCGGGCUAGUUACGAUCGUGGUAUGGCUUGGUCUUCUCACAAACUGCAACGGGUCCCAGCGUACAUCAAGCACCGAACAGAUCCACAACGUCUUCUCAUCAGCGGGGCGGAGAGCUUUGUAUUGCAAUUUGCUCCAAGGAGGUCGGUCGUUGUGUCUACAAUGUUCUACACUCGGACUUCACCGGAAGAGUUUCCUGCAAAGCAUGGUUCUCCAAUAGAGUUAAUGCCCACGGCUACCGAAAUCGUUGAAUAUAUUCUUCCAGGGCUUGGUGUCACACACCACCAAAGAGGAUCAACUCUCACGGAAAGAACGAAACAAAAUCACCACCAUUUGAAUGGCCUACGUAUCCAUAACUACGGCCACAAGCGCGAAUUCCUUGACCAGAAGGUCCGUGGUUCGAACUCGACCUCUGUAUCUCAACUUCCCCUGUCAAUGCCUGGGCAGCCUGGCAGCAUUCUAGCCCUCGCGCUUCAUUUGUGUGGUACGGAAGCUAGCCACCGAAAGGGAGCUACAGUGAAACGUUUUUUCUGGGAAGUAUUCUAUGGACUGUUUGUGAACGAUCGCAAGUUUUGUUCAACUUCUUUAGGAGUAUCAUAUCAUUUUAAACAGUCUGCUUCGGGCAAAUCAUCAUGCACAGCGCCCAAACCGACUGAAAGCAUUUCCUUACUGCAGUUCGACUGCCGCUGGCAGUCUGUCACAGCCAUCAGGUUAACGAUACGCUGCUGCAUAACACAAAUCUUCGGCCCUACCCUCGACUUGGGUGCUUUUGUCAGGAAGUAUAAUGAGAAGAAACGCAUUUCAUCAUUCUCUGAGUAUCGCAGUAGCCAGUGGGCGUUCAGGGAUUUAUUAAUAACGGUUGAACUCUUGAGGGAAGUUUUACCUUCGUCAGCAAUUAAAAUUCCUUCCAACCUUAGUUUGUAA